GUUAAGAACGUUGGUUUCAUUGAGUACUUCCGCCGUCUCCUUCGCUGCUCGACCUCGCCUCAAGUUCCUCAACCAUGGUACCAAUCAGAAUUAUCACAUCCGGAAGAAAGAAGACCAGGGAACCCAAAGAGGAAAAUGUGACACUGGGUCCGACUGUACGAGAAGGCGAGCAAGUUUUCGGCGUCGCACAUAUAUUUGCGUCAUUUAAUGACACUUUCAUUCAUGUGACCGAUUUAUCUGGAAGGGAGACACUUGUUAGGAUUACAGGUGGUAUGAAGGUCAAGGCUGACCGGGAUGAGUCAUCUCCAUAUGCUGCCAUGCUUGCAGCCCAGGAUGUUGCACAGAGAUGCAAGGAACUUGGGAUUACUGCUUUGCACAUUAAGUUACGUGCUACUGGAGGUAAUAAGACCAAAACACCUGGUCCUGGUGCUCAAUCUGCACUUAGAGCUCUUGCUCGUGCUGGGAUGAAAGUUGGUCGCAUUGUACUUGCAGAGGAUGUAACCCCCAUUCCUACUGAUAGCACUCGUAGAAAGGGUGGAAGACGCGGGAGGAGGCUGUAGUCUGCCUAUUUUUUUCACUUCCAGCUCCAUAAUUCGUGCUUUGGAAUUCAUUUUGGAUGCCUCAAAAUUCCUCGUAGCUUCUUAUAUUGCUAAGAUGUUCACUCUAUUGUUUACUACUGACUGAAUGUUUGUGCUUGUUCACUUUAAAGAUUGACCUUAUAUCUUCCAAA